AUUUAAAAAGAAGCAAUCAGUGGUCAAUGCUUUAUAGAAAUAGUAAUAAUCUUAUAACACGAAAUAAUCACACAAAUAAUUAUUCUGAGGCAUCUAUUCGUAUUUUAAAAGAAAUUGUUUUGGAACGCACAAAAGCUUAUAAUAUAGUUGCACUUAUUGAAUUUAUUGCUAUAAUUUGGGAUAAAUAUUUUAUCAACCGCUUGUUAGAUUUUGCUUAUAACAGAAGAUCAAAAAGCCAUUUUGAAAUGCAGCUUACACGAAUGUCAACAGUAGAUAUAUGUACGGUAGUGCAAAUAGAUGAUAAUGUAUUUAAAGUGCCUAGUACUAAAGACAGUAAAAAAAUGUACGAGGUUAAUACUACAGUUGGUUGGUGUAGCUGCUAUAGUGGUCAACAAGGAGGAUUUUGCAAACACCAAGCUUUUCUGAAAAAAAAUUUUCCAAACUCAAAAGUAUUUCCAAAUUGUCCAGUAGUUAAUUGUAAUGAUCGCUAUAUUCUAGCUUUGCUUGCUCUUGGUGAUGAGUGUCCACCAAAAUCAUUUUUUGAUGAUGUCUAUGAACUAUCAACUCCUCAAACAUCUCUGAUGGAGAAAAAUAACUUAGUUGAACAAACUAUAACAGUUGUGUCAGAAAGUGAUCAAAAUAACUGUAGUGAAUCAAAAGACCAACAAUUACACUCACAUGUUACUUCAUCUAAUAAUGUACCUAGCCAGCAGUUGUUAAACGAACAAUUUUCGAAAAAGUGGACAGAAUUUUCAAACUCAAUAAAUAACCUUGGACUUGUUUUACAAAAAGAUGUUUCAGAAACAUCAUUAAAAUAUUUGACUAUUUUAACAAAAAAUAUACAAAGUAAAAUUACUCCAACUCAAGCUGUAGACUUUGUUAUUAAUAGUGCUUCUAGUUCUAAACGAGGAAGACGUAUUCGUGUUCAACCUACUUCAGUGGCUAAGAGAUGCGGAAACUACAAGGGUACGCAUCGAAUUAAUGCAGGAAGACCUCCUACAGAAAGUUACUGCACAGCUGGUAGACAUACAAUUACAAAAAAAAAAAUCAAGCAGCCUAAGCGUCUUCAUAAUUUAACGCAAUGUUUAAAUUUAAAUAUAAAUAAUGCCAAAUCUCACUAAUAAAACAAUUAUAAAAUCAUGUAU